GCGACCUUGCCGCUAGUUUAUAUUUAAUUCCCACCGAACAUUUCACCUUCCGAUCCUAUAUAUAUUAGGGCAUUUUCAAAUUUGAUCUCACAUUUUAUUCUGCUAGCUAGCUGAAGAUCACUCGUAAAUUUAUCUUCAUGGCGUCGAGAUUAUUAUCAAUAACAUGCAUUCGGCAAAAGAGUCAUGGAGAUUUAUCUCCCACACCACAUUAUCCUUCCAUGACAAAGUACCCUAGAGGUGUUUCAUCUGAGCAAGAGAAGCUGAUUCGAGGAUCCGAGUCCAAGGCCUUGUUUUCUGUCAUUGGCAUGACAUGUUCUGCCUGUGCAGCGUCUGUCGAGAAGGCGGUGAAGCGGCUUCCCGGGAUCAAGGAUGCUGCUGUUGAUGUGCUGAAUAAUCGGGCUCAGGUCAUGUUUUAUCCCUCCUUGGUUGAUGAGGAGACAAUCCGUGAGGCCAUAGAAGAUAUUGGAUUCGAAGCCAGUUUGAUAAAAGAAGAGAACAGUGAUAAAUCCACACAAGUAUGCCGAAUCCUUAUCAAGGGAAUGACAUGCAGCACUUGCUCCACAACUGUAGAAUCUGCUUUGCAGGCUAUACCUGGCGUACACAAAGCCCAAGUCGCAUUAGCAACUGAAGAAGCUCAAAUUCAAUAUGAUCCGAAGAUUGUGACACAGGGUCAAAUUUUGGAUGUAAUAGAAGACACUGGGUUUGAGGCCAUCCUAAUCAGUUCAGGGGAAGAUCUUAGUAGAGUUGAACUAAAAAUUGAUGGAAUGCGAUCUGUUAAUUCUAUUAAAAUUGUUGAAAACUCUCUUGAAGCACUGCCAGGAGUCGAAGAUAUAGAUAUUGAUCCUGAGCUCCAAAAGUUUUCUCUUUCUUACAAAUCAAAUAUGACUGGACCAAGAAAUUUCAUCCAAGUCAUUGAGAAUACAGGAUCAGGUCGGUAUAAGGCAAAAAUAUACCCGGAAGGAGAAGGAGGAGGAAGGGAUGCGCAUAAGCGACAGGAAAUCAGACAAUAUUUUAAAUAUUUCCUGUGGAGUUUGAUUUUUACAAUUCCGAUAUUCUUAACAUCCAUGGUUUUUAUGUAUGUGCCUGGAAUUAAGCAUGGAUUAAAAAGAAAAGUUGUCAAUAUGUUGGAGAUCGGGGCACUAAUGAGGUGGAUACUGGCUACUCCAGUGCAGUUCAUUAUUGGCAAGCGAUUCUACACUGGUGCCUAUAAGUCAUUGAAGCAUGGUUCUGCAAACAUGGACGUUUUGAUUGCAUUGGGAACAAAUGCGGCCUACUUCUAUUCUGUAUACUUGGUCUUGAGAGCUGCUACGUCUCCACAUUUUGAGGCAACAGAUUUCUUUGAGACGAGCUCUAUGCUUAUUUCAUUUAUUCUCCUUGGGAAAUAUUUAGAAAUAUUGGCCAAGGGAAAGACUUCUGAGGCCAUUGCCAAACUUAUGAACUUGGCUCCUGAUACUGCAACACUAUUGACCUUCGACAGGGAAGGUAAUGUAGUACUUGAGGAAGAAAUAGACAGCCGACUGAUCCAAAGAAAUGAUGUGAUAAAGAUCCUCCCUGGUGCAAAAGUAGCCUCAGAUGGUACUGUCAUUUGGGGACAAAGCCACGUAAAUGAGAGCAUGAUUACAGGAGAAGCUCGUCCAGUGGCCAAGAGGCAGGGUGAUACCGUGAUAGGAGGCACUGUGAAUGAGAACGGGGUGCUACAUAUUAAGGCAACACACGUAGGCUCAGAGAGUGCUCUUGCACAAAUUGUUCGACUUGUUGAGUCAGCACAGAUGGCUAAAGCUCCAGUACAGAAAUUUGCUGAUCGCAUCUCCAAAUUUUUUGUGCCAAUGGUUAUCGCUCUCUCUGUCAUCACUUGGCUCGCUUGGUUUUUAGCUGGAAAAUAUAACAGCUACCCGAAAUCAUGGAUCCCCUCCUCUAUGGAUAGCUUCCAGCUUGCGCUCCAGUUUGGCAUUUCUGUCAUGGUCAUAGCCUGUCCUUGUGCUCUUGGCUUGGCAACUCCAACAGCUGUGAUGGUUGGUACAGGAGUUGGUGCUACUCAAGGUGUGCUGAUCAAAGGUGGCCAGGCCCUAGAGAGUGCUCAUAAGGUGAACUGCAUUGUCUUUGACAAGACCGGGACUCUCACAAUGGGCAAGCCACUGGUAGUUAACACAAAACUUUUAAAAAACAUGGUACUUGCAGAAUUCUAUGAGUUGAUUGCUGCAGCUGAGGUAAACAGUGAGCACCCCUUGGGGAAGGCGAUCGUAGAAUAUGCUAAGAAAUUUAGAGAAGAUGAAGAAAACCCUGCUUGGCCAGAAGCCCGAGACUUUGAAUCCAUUACAGGACAUGGCGUGAAGGCUACUGUUCGUAAUAAAGAGAUAAUUGUAGGGAACAAGAGCCUGAUGUUGGAUCUCAACAUUAAUAUUCCACUCGAUGCAGAGGAAAUGCUUGCAGAAGCUGAAGAAAUGGCUCAAACCGGGAUUCUUGUAUCCAUAGAUGGGGAGUUGGCUGGAGUUCUUGCCAUAUCUGAUCCUUUAAAGCCGAGUGCUCGUGAAGUCAUUACUAUACUCAAAUCUAUGAAUGUCAAGAGUAUUAUGGUGACAGGUGAUAACUGGGGAACUGCUAGGUCCAUUGCUAAGGAAGUUGGCAUCGACACAGUUAUUGCAGAAGCCAAACCUGAGUUUAAAGCUGAAAAAGUGAAGGAACUACAGGCAUCGGGACACACUGUGGCGAUGGUGGGAGAUGGAAUCAACGACUCACCAGCCCUCGUGGCUGCUGAUGUUGGAAUGGCAAUAGGCGCUGGUACAGACAUUGCCAUCGAGGCAGCUGACAUUGUUCUAAUGAAAAGCAACCUGGAAGAUGUCAUUACUGCUAUUGAUCUUUCAAGAAAAACCUUCACUCGAAUCCGUCUCAACUACAUCUGGGCCUUAGGUUAUAAUCUCUUAGGCAUCCCUAUCGCGGCUGGAGUCCUCUUCCCUUCAACAGGCUUCCGCUUGCCACCCUGGAUCGCGGGAGCUGCAAUGGCAGCAUCAUCAGUCAGUGUGGUCUGCUGUUCUCUUCUGUUGAGGUACUACAAGAGGCCAAAGGUGUUGGAUACUCUUGAGAUUGGUGGCAUUACUGUUGAGUAAUGUAAGUUGAUGACUUGAUGUUAUGCUUUCAUGUGUAAAAAGAUCUGCUGUUUUACUUCAGUUAAGCUUUAAGAUUGUGAUUUCUAUGCCUUUAUCUGUAAUAAAGCAAUAAGUUAGACUUGUAAACACAUUUAGCUUGCUUAGUUCCUGUAUAAUUGUAGCUUGAAUAAAAUUGCUUCCUUCAGCUUUAUCAAAA